CUAGGACUGACAAUGCUUAACAGAAAAAUAUUACUAACUACAUUAUUUGAACUUUGGUUAUGGAGAUAAUGCAAAUAAGUAUUUAAUUUUUCAAAUCAAUUUUAAAUACUUUAGUGAUCUAUUAUUUUGAAAACGGGACAGUUUUUCAAGUAUGUCGUCUGAUCAAAAUUGUAUCUUUUGUAAAAUUGUAUGUGGAGAAGCUCCAUCAGAAAUACUAUUUCAAAAUGAUGAAAUUAUUGUAUUUAAAGAUAUAAAGCCUGCAUCUAAACAUCAUUACCUAGUAGUACCAAAAAAUCACAUUAUUAAUGUUAACCACUUAGUUACAAAAGAAGAUAAACUCUUAGUGGAAAGAUUAAUUGAAAUUGGUAAAAAAGUCCUAGAAGAAAAUGGGGGUACUAUUGAAGAUGCAAGAUUAGGGUUUCAUUUACCUCCUUUUAACUCUAUAAAUCAUUUACAUCUUCAUGUUAUAUCUCCAAUGUCUGAAAUGAGUUUCUUCAGUAGACUUAUUUUUAAACCAAAUACGUGGUGGUUUCAGUUGGUUGAUGAUACCUUAAAGAGACUCAGUAAACUGUGAUCUAUAAUUCCAUUACAGUUAGAUUUGAAUUGUAAAUUAAUUUAAUAUAAAUUUAUUUUUUAAUAAUUUGAAUUACCCAAUAUUCUCAGAAAGGAAUAUAAGAAAAAAUUUUAAGAUUACUAUAAGUGUAUAUAAAUUGACACUGAAAACUAUUUUGAAAAUUUUGUAAUAAUGUCUCUACCUAAGAAGGCAAUGUUGUUAAAAAUAUUGCCAAACUAAGAAAAUUAAUGAAGGCUGAUAUUUUCAAUUAUCUCUGUUUCAAGCUGUUGACAACACAACACAUUCCAGUUCCAUAUCUAUGGAAAUCAGUCAGUAAUGUAAAUAAUUAAUUUCAAAGGGUAAACAUCAUCAAAAAUCAAGUGAGCUUCCAGAAUUCCAACAUAAAUGAAAUUCUUAAAACUGCCAAUCAAUUUUUUAAUUAAUUUAAAUACAGUUCUUUUCUAAUUUGUUAGAGCAAAUAGAUGUAGGUCUUUUUGUUAACCGAUCACAUUUUUUUAGUAAUUGUCCACAUACCAAAGCCCUAUUUUAAUGUAAUGUAUGUCAACGCCCUGGAACGCCCUCUACGAAUUAAUCUUUUACUGUGUACAGCCUAUAACAUAAUCACAUGUUGAUUGAAUCAAAAGUUGGUAGAGUACAUGGAGAAGUAGGAGAAUAUCAAUGUGGUUUCUGCCAUAACCAUUCCAUUGUUGAUCACCUAUUUACGCUACGUCAAACCCUGGAGAAAACCUUCGGGUGCAAUAUCGAUCUUCUCCAGCUCUUCAUUGACUUCCGCCAGGCGUACGACAGUAUCCUCAGAGAAGGAUUCGCAUUUAUGGCAAGGAAACCUAGACUUGUUUUUGCAUCCAACACAAUAUUUCUUGUUGCCUUUUGGAAUCUGUUUUAUAUCUGUUUUUCUGUUGAUAGACGGUCUCUGGUACAUUCAUGUGAUAAGACCAUCUAUGCAAAUGUGGUUCAAUCAGGGUCAAUGUUAUUUGUUUCUUAUACACUCUCAUGUUCAAAUCGACUCUUGAAUCGGGAUGAUUGUAAACAUGAAUAACUUGACUAUUCACUUGACAAUGAUGUUCAAUAAAGAGAAGAAAAUCACUAUGGGCAAGCGUCUGCUAAUUUGUGCUGCAUCGUAUAUAGUGAACAAUUCUGGUCCACAAAGUUCACACCCCUUUUUGUGCUAUUCUAAAACGUUAUAACUUCGGAUUUAUUUUUAUCACCAAUGUCGGGGUUAACGCCACUGUUGUGUAAACUUGAAAACAUUAUUUCAUUUUGAACGUAAGACAAAAAUGUCAUAUUGUAAUGUUUUUCUUCUUUAUUUAUACGAUUUCUAUUUGUGGGGUUCAUUAACAGACAUUGUCUCUUACGUUCUAAUUUAUUUAAACACUAUACACUACACUAACUUCACGUAUCACUAUCACUUAAAUGAUUUAUUUGAAUUCUUCGAUUACUUUGCUAAUUCGUUCUGUUCACUACGACUAUUUAUUAUAAACCGACCUAAAUUGCGCUACACAAACUUAUUUAUAUACCACAAAUAGAAUUCUUCCUAGAAAUUAUCCAAAAGAAACUAUGUAAAUAAAUUGCUUGCUAUAAAAACGGAUAUAAAAGAUAAACAUCGAACGGAUUCCGCGGUUUAUAAAAACUCGCGCCGCCUUUGCCGAAUAUUAGGACCGACUCUAGGGUGGAGACACGUUCGUAACAAUAUGCUCUCCAAAUCCAAACAUGCUUGAAUUCAAUAAAUUCCCUUGGUAUUUCCAUAUUAUUCUUCCAAAUCUUUCCGACCAAUGUGAGUUUAUUAUUUCGUAGAUUUUUUUUUCAACCAAGAGCACCGAGGUAAACUAAUUAUCUGUGGUAAGAUUUCUUGCCGAUUUGGAAAUGGGAAAUACAGGAUUUUCAGGCUGUUGCCCCAAAUAUAUUUCUAGAUUCAACGCUUAAAGCAUCGUCGAAUCGAAUAACAUAAAAAGUCUCACCCCAUAUUUGUUUGGUUUUGAAAGUAUGAUAGUUACAAACAUAUCGAAAACUUCUCGGAGUGGCGCUAGUUUAUCUACUUUCAUCCUCUUUUCUCUCGUAGCCCGGUCGUCAAAACGGAAAUUACUCAAAGAAAUCGUUGCUCACUCAUUGUGAGCCAAAAUAGAUCCAUUCCGGUUUCCUUUAUGUCCCAUAAUACAACACUCAAUUUGGAGCUUUUUUAGAAACCUUAACAAAGAAAACAAAUCAAUCAGAGCUUGGUUUUCAGUAUUAUCUGUUUCUUUAUAAUCUCGAUCUCUCUUGUAGCAUUUUUAUCGCUAUCUUCUACUAUAAUAUCGAUGAUUUCGUCAUUCACAGGAGAUUUCAGCACUCGAUGGGAUUUUUUUGCUUUUUUGCCUCACCACUCGAAGUUGGCUUAUUACGUUCCAGGAUCGAGCUCUCACUGCCUGAUUCGGAACAUGUUUUCUACAUUUCUUUUACAUCUUUGCCUAGAUAGAAAGUAACUCUUGGCAUUUUUGAUGGUGUUGUAAUGAGAUAAUAGUCAUCGGAAUAAGAGCUAUCCUUUUGGACAGUAUCGCUGUUAUCAUAUCUACAUUCCAUGACAUCAUCAAUUGCUUUAUCAGUCAUGUUCCUCCCAUAGGCGCAAGAAUCUUUGCUGCUCUUUUUCAUAGUCCAUUUUUGUUUAUAAAUAAAUGAUUCUAAAAUAUGGUCGUAAUAAAGUUAACAAUUAUUAGGAGAGUCUAAAUCACAUUUGACAGAAAACGACUUGCACAACCGCUCACAAACAACUAAUUUAUUCAACUAUGCCGUAAAUCAAGAAGCUAGUUUUCGGCGGCAAAAUGAGUAAAUGGCCAAACAAUUCCGGCACGGGGAGUCUUAUCAGACCAGACACGACUACUCCAGGCUUAAGCUUUUCCUAAUUUCGUAUACCGUGUGUCUCUUAUUAGUACUAGCGCUGCAGUAUUUGUUGUUUACUUGAGAUAAACAGGAAGUUGAUAAACGAUAACCCGAGAGAAUGGACUGCAGUGUUAAUUGUCAAUAGCUUGAUAAACAGAAAAAAAAAACACUACACAUCAUUGAGGAUAAUAAUAAACACACAUUUUUAUAAGAAAUUUUCAUCUUAAGUUAUAUAAUGGUACGUAGAGCGGUAUAUGAGUUCUUGACCUCAUAUAGUAAGUAGAGUGGGUUCAUAAAAAUCUUUAUACGCGCCUCAGUGACAAGACUCAACAAGCUUCACACUAAGUUUCAAACUCGAUACUUCCAUUCAUUUUAUUCUAAUAGAGGUCGAACGACCAUUAACUAAAGAGAGAUUAACCUCAACACAAAUCAAUAUAAAAUGGAAGCUGUUUACGGUGACUUGUGUCAAUAAUUUGCAACAAUUAAAAAAUUGGUCCAAGUGUUUCGCUGGGGACGAGAAUCAUUAGAAGAUGAUCCACGUGCGGUGACUAUGACUAAAAUUAGUGGAAGAUAUUGUCUAAGUGAAUGGCACCUAAAAACAAAAGAAAUUGCAGCACAGACCGUAAUUUCUAAAACAAGGGGGAUCUACGAGUCCUACAUGAGCAUUUAAAUUUUACUCGAAUUCUAAAAGCAGCGUCGAGUAGAAUGUUUUGAGCGAUUUUUAGAACUUUGCCGCGAGGAACAAAAAAGUGUAAUCCGAUCAAUAAUGACGGGUGACGGGUGAAACUAUGAUCAGACAUCCAAAAAAAAAAGAAUUCUAUGAAGUGGUAUUGGAAAGGAGUGCCCUUGCAAAAAAAGAAAAGGUCACGAAAAGCAACAAAAAGUUGUACUGAAUACAGUAUAAUUGUGAGAGAUGGUGUAGUAGUGGUGUAAACAGUGUAUUCAGUAUGAAUAUCGCCAACGGCUCCAGAAGUUCCAAACUUAAAAAAAGUUUUGGGACCGAGGGUAUCUUUUUGAUUGACUUUAAGUAAUCAAAUAUAACCGAUAACGCAGCAUUUUACUCUAACUCACUAAGCAGUUGCGUGAAAAGUCAUCCGAGGUAUGUGCUUGCUUCAUGAAAAUGCUUCAAUCCACACUACUUUGCUUUCGAAGGCUUCUGUACACGAAUGUGGCUCCAUAGAGAUUGAACACCCAUCAUAUAGCCCUGAUCUCGACUCACACCGACUUUUUUUGUUUGCUAAGCUGAAGGCCGAGUAAAAAAUUAAUAACGAUGAAAUUAAACAAGCGGCGUAAAAACAUUUUAACUCUAAACAUGCAUCAUAUUUUUAAAGGGGCAUAGAAGCUUUAUUCUGACAUUGUGGAAAUCGCUAGAGACAUACACGGUAUACCUGGGUACAGGUACGCGCGAUAUCUCAUACAAUUUGAUGUCACGGUGUAAUUAAAAUGUGAAGUGUAAUGUAUGCUGUAUACCUGUUAUAAAGAUUUAUUUUGAUUCCAAAAGUAAUAUUUGACGCAAAGACAUGUCCAUGUUGUAAAGACUACAAAGUGUGUUCUUACCGAGGGCUCAUUUUCGACUCGUUGCAAAUCUCUCAAGAGCCAAUAAGAAUUCCCUUCCAAAUUGGCGCGUCGUUUUGGGAGCAAAUUCUCAUUAGCUGCUUCCCAGCUGGUGCGCAAUAGCACACCUUGUAGUCUUUACUUGAAUUUACCAGUUAAAUUUCACUUUCUUAAGGCCGCGUGAGGUUUACAAAGAAUAUAAUUUCCUGCCUGUUUCGUGAAAUAAGAGAGUAUGUAAAAUAUGAUUAGCAACAUUAUUGGCGUUUACUCGCGACUUCGCUCGCAUUGAAGCCAAUCUUUAAAAAAUAAUAAUAACAGUUAGGUGAACUCUAUAAUAUCCGCUAAACACAAAGAAAUAUCACAAACGCUCAAAAAGUGUAAGUAAAUACGUACAACUGCUACCUAAUCUUUAUGACCAAGAAAACUUUCUGAUUCCAGCGUGACAUCAUGCGCGAGGCGUAACAAAUUUUGUCGAAAUUUCAGCAUACCGGUGUAUGUGUAACGUGAUGGAAAUAUUGAGUGUAAAAAUCUUUCCUCUUUAGUUUAUUAUUAUUUGGAAGUAAACUUUUAUAUUUGAAUAUAU